UAAAAAAUUAAUAGUUUACAAUUACUGAUAUAUUCUUUGUUAAAUUCUUCACCAACAAAAGAAAACAUUAAUCGUCGAUGAUAAAAUGUGGAGACCCUAUUUUACAUGUUGCUCAAGAUACAAUUUUUUCAUUGCCCCUUUUCGCUUGAAACGAAACUCAAAAGUUCCACUGUGCAAUACACCGAAAAAGUUUUUAUGUAAUUAUUACCGUGCACUAUCUACUAAAGCAAAGGAGUUUCCGCAUAUCGCUAUAAACGAUAAUGCCAAGGUUUCUAAGGGCGUCAACACAUUUACUUACCGAACGCACUCCUGUGGUGAAUUGAACAUCAAGAACGUCGGAGAAAAGGUAACUUUGUGUGGCUGGGUUCAGUAUGUAAGACUGUCUAAAUUCCUUCUCAUUAGAGAUGCCUACGGCCUUACACAGUGUAUGGUCAAGAGAUUAGAUGUAGAUCCUGCUGCAGUACCCUUAGAAACUGUGAUCAAAAUUCAAGGAACAGUAGCUGCUCGGCCCAAAGAAAUGGUAAAUAAAGAUAUGGCCACAGGGGAGAUUGAAGUAGUUAUUGAUAAAUUGGAUGUGUUAAAUGAGGUUGAACUGCUACCAUUUAAUUUAAGAAGCUACCAAAAACCAAAGGAGCAGCUCAGGUUACAGCACAGGUAUAUUGACUUAAGAUUUCCGGAGAUGCAGUACAAUCUACGUCAAAGAUCUCAAAUGCUACAUGAAAUGAGAAGAUUCCUAGUGGAGGAACACAAUUUUGUUGAAGUUGAAACUCCAACUUUGUUUUGUCGGACGCCCGGUGGUGCUCGGGAGUUUGUUGUGCCCACUCGACAUCCGGGACUCUUCUAUUCACUCGUGCAAAGUCCCCAGCAAUUCAAACAAAUGUUGAUGGCCGGUGCUAUUGAUAGAUACUUUCAGAUUGCUAGAUGCUACAGGGAUGAAACCACCAGACCCGACAGGCAACCAGAGUUUACCCAACUGGAUAUAGAACUAUCAUUUUCCAAUUUAAAUCAGAUACUAACUCUUAUUGAACUGUUGUUGUACAAAACAUUCAUUAAAGACUUACCGAAACCUCCUUUUCCACGCAUAUCCUACAAGCAGGCUAUAGAAAAAUAUGGCUCAGACAAACCAAACUUGUGCCAUAGCUUGGAAUUGAUUAAUAUUACUUAUAUUUUCACGGACAUUGGAAAGGGAUCGGGUGCUUUUGCUCUACCCUACAGUAAUAAAUUAGGUAAACUUUCCACAAAAAAUAAGGAGAAAAUUAAAGAGUUAUGUAAAAAGUAUAAUGUAAGGAUAGUACAAUUUGAAAGUAUAUCUAAAUAUUUUGGCAGCGAAGUGUAUGAUAGAAUCAACAGUACUGUAGGCUGUGAUAAUUCUUGUAUUGUAGCUGUAGGAGAUAAGGAGAGGGUAUGCUUGAGUUUAGGAGAACUCCGGGAAAUUAUUGCAGAUUUGCUAAAAAGUAAAGAGUUGAUUUCAUUUGAUGACAGAAUAAAGCCACUGUGGGUGAUAGACUUUCCGCUUUUUGUAAGAGGAGAGAAUGAUAUGGAGACUUGUCAUCAUCCUUUCACAGCGCCUCAUCCGGAAGAUGUGCAUUUACUAGACACGGAUCCGCUAAAAGUGAGAUCAUUGGCUUACGACUUAGUGUUAAACGGAAAUGAAGUAGGUGGAGGCUCAGUACGAAUACAUAAUGCUAGUUUACAGGAGAAAAUAUUUGGUAUAUUGAACAUAAGUUCAGAUAAUUUAUUGCAUUUCAUGAAUGCUCUGAAAAGUGGAUGUCCACCUCAUGCGGGCAUCGCUCUGGGCAUAGACCGGCUGAUGGCCAUAGCAUGUGAUGCAGAGUCCAUCAGAGACGUGAUAGCGUUUCCCAAGUCACACGAAGGCAAGGACCCAAUGUCAGGUGCACCAAAUAAAAUCAGCGAUGAAGAUAAAAAGUAUUAUGGUCUUAAGUAAAAGAAAUUAAAUAGUAAUACUGUAUAUAAUAUUUAUUACUAUGUAAUGUAAUUGGCUAUGUUCUCAAAUAACUUAUAACUAAAUUAAGAUUCUUUCAACAAAACAAAACAGGUUUUAUUAAUGAGAUAAAUUCAAGGAAAAAUAAAUUUUGUCAAUAGUGAUUACUAAUAAUUUAUCUGCUGUCAUUUGUUUUAAUAAGCCAGAGUAUUUGGGAUGUUAUGAAAGUAAUAUUUGCUAUGCCUACUUAAAGAUUAAAAUAUAUUUUCUAUUUUUGUUA